AUGAUGUCCUCGGACGACGCCCCGUUCAAGGCUUUCGCCACCACAAGCGUCAGCACACACAUAGAGACAGGCAUGGAUAUUGAUAUGAUGUCUGGAUUCGAGCCUCCCAAAAUGACCGACAUGAAGCUGUAUGACCACCAUCAGGGUGGCGAAGAGCAGCUGCUUCCCUUGGAGAAGCACCAUGUGAUUCUGGGUCGCUACAACAAAGGAAAGAAGGUGAAAGCGUUGACUCCAGCUGUGGAAGUCUACAAGAAAGUUCGAAGUCAAAUCCGACGCACAAAGUACUUGUCUUCCUCCGAAGUCCACCACAUCAAGAACUCGACCAGUCUGUUGCUGCAGGAGGAACUGGAGCUGGCAGAACAACCGGCUGUCACGUUUUGGGUAGACGUCCACAAGGCCGAGCAAGCGGGAACGGGCAAGUACCAAGAACUGCUGCAAGCGAAUCCUCAGUUGCGAUAUUUAAACGAUUUCGAUGGCGACGUCGUGGUAUUUGUGCAAGACCACCAAGACUACUUUCUCAAGGCAGACAUUGACACCAAACGCAGGAAAUGCGGCACCGCUGCCAGCAACAGUAACGACAAUAACAACAACAAGGUGGUCGAAUUCUCAACAGAGGCGUCUGUUGUGUCAGCUUGUUCUACUUCGGCUUGCAGCAGGACCACCGUGGCGCACACAGUCUCGACCCUGGGAAGCAGCCCUUCUGCGGACCACAACGCUGCCGCUACUAGAACAACAUCACCAGUUGCUAUCCACGAUGACAACGACAAGACUAUACAACCUGUCGUCACACCGCCCUGUCCUGCGGAAGCCACUGCUGGUGCCCCUAAAGUUCGCGACAAUUUCACCCGGAAAGCAUCCAUGGAAGUCUCUGUGAUUUCCAAUUGCUCCGCUUCCACGUCUGCUUGUGACCACAGUGCCGCCCUCACCGUCUCCAGUCUGAGCACACACACGCCACAACCCAGCUUUGCAGCGUUUGAGCCCAAGCAGUUGUUUCAGCUGGAAAUCGGAGCCAUAGUAGAUAUCGAGGCAGAAGUCGACCAGAUUUGUUGCCGCUGGAUUUGCGCAGGACCCGAGCUAGAGGUCAUCAAGAGAAAGACCACCCUGGUCGAAGCUUUCGUGUCACACGUACUGGAGUACCAGCACGUGUUGUGUGGAAACGGCAGUCCACUCUUGAAUUCACCGGCAGUCGAGCUUCAACAGUUGAACGAAACACUAUUGGUCCAGGCAGUCAACGUUCUGGGCAACUCCAUGGUGGAGUGGUUUCACAAAUUCCCGUCCUCGUGUUUGCCCGGAGAGGAAAAUGCAUGGCUAGAACAGUUCCAACAACAACCACAACAAUUCGCUUCUGGAGGACCACACACAAGAGUCGAAAGUGACGGGUGCUUGACGACCAUGCAGAUUGACUCGGAUAUCGGUGGGAUGGAAGUGGGCAGCGUGGGAACCUACGAUGGCUCGGAAGAAAUGCAAGCUGCUCUGUCGGAUGACGACCGUGUGACUUUGGCAUCGCACUAUUUGAGCGAAUUCAGUCUCAGCAGUGACAAUCCGCAAGACCGAACGCCCACCGAACAGUGGCACUUUACGGGGAUUGUUGUAGGCGAGGGUGAACAGGUGGGGGAGAGAAUCUGUAUUGCCGACUGGCUGGGAGCGGAAGAAGCCAGGCAGGGUGCCCGAGAAGGCAAAUUAUUGAAUCCAAAGAAUCAUCAGCCUCAGUUGAAGGGUCUCCCUGGAACUAGAAUCAGAGCAAGAGCCGAAUGGUCGCCGGUGUGCCGUGACCAGGAGCAUAAUAGGGCCAUGCAGGAUGCUGAGUGGGCACCUGUAUGCCGCGACGAGGAGCACAACCGAGCCAUGCAAGAUGCCGAUCAAGCGCAAAAGGAAAGGGGGACUUCCAAGGUGUCUGAGGCUCGAACGGCAAGCCAAAAACGACUCUUUCAACGAUUGCAAUCCAAUCUGCGGGGCAAAACGUCGGAAAAGAAAAGGACUCGAAUCGACCGUGAGCGACGUCCUUCCAGGCCGUGGACAGCGAGUAGCCCCAAGGCCAACAGAAGUAGUAGGAAUCGCUCGAGCUCUCCGGAUGAGGGUCGUUGGGAGCAACAUGCAUAUCCUGAUCAAUCUGCCAUUACCAAUGAAGCACAACUCAACAUUCUGUUCCGUCGUUUACGGCACAACGAUCCGACAUUAAAGCAAGUCCGCAUCGCGGGUGAUUUGGCUCUUGCCAAAGCCCUCGAGUUGACGCAAGCUUUGGGUCCUAACUUUUACCACUGGGACCUGAGACCGGUAUGGGACAAGUCCACCAACCGCAACGAGAAACCAUCCUAUCUGGUUCUCAAACAAAUCGAGCCGACGCUUUGGGAGGACUCACAGUCAUCCGAGUAG